AUGGUGUGUGACGUCCCGAGUGAAAAGGAGAAGCCGUCAAGUGGGGCUGCUAGCCGGGACGGCAGGAGGGCCCCUGCUGCCCUCGCAAAGGAACGCCUUCUGGAGGCUAGGGCGUCAGGGCCUCGGCUCUGCGUGGACCUUGGUGUGGCUGACUAUAUGACGCAGAAGGAAACAAGCCGCCUCGCCUCUCAGAUCAGGAGACUCUACGGGGCAAACAGGCGAGCCGAGAAGCCAUUUUGGCUCUGUCUGACGGAGUUUGUGGUGGGCUCGUUGAUUUAUGAGGAGUGUUUUCGCAUGAACGACGGCUUCUCCAAUUAUUUGAUGGAUACAACUCAAGAAAGUUACUUGGACCUGUUUCCUUUAGAUGCAAUUGUUUAUCUCACUCCUGACUCUGAGAACGUCCUUGAAGAUAUUGAUCCAAAUAAAGUGUACGUCCUCGGAGGCCUGGUGGAUGAAAGUAUUCACAAGAAGCUGACUCUGCAAAGGGCACAAGAGCAGUCCUUGCAAACAGCCCGCCUCCCCAUUCGCGAGUACAUGGUGAAAACUCUUAACACCAAGAACUACCACUCGGAGACACUAGCAAUUAAUCAAGUCUUUGAUGUCUUAUCAACUUACUAUGAGACCCGAAGCUGGCCAGCAGCCUUGAAAGCUGGAGUUUCUUCUGGAAAAGGCUAUGUGCUACCAGAUGCAGUGAAAUAAGUGGAAAUACCUAAGCAUGACAAUGCACAAGAAAACUGUUUAUUUUGUGAUGUUAAGGAGCUGUGCAGACAAGAGAGGCAAACUCCCAAUUUCAAGCAGAGGCACCAGCAUGAAUGUGCAUAGAGAAAACAGCUCUGCUUAAAUCUUGAGGACCUUGUCAAGACUGACACAUUCUACCUUAGCAGUACAAUGCUGGAAAUGACUUUGCCCCUUGAAGAGAAAACAAAAGCCGAUGGAGCCCUGGGAUCAAGUAAAAACUGACAGUUCAGUUUUGCUUCUUUGCAGAUGCUUGUUAGGGUGUUUCUGACUCUUGCAUCUACACUUGUUCUGGGAGAGGGAGGAGAGCUUUAAGGUAUUUCAUUCAUCUUGAUUAAACAGUAAGUCAGGUGAAGUUAGAAUGGCAAAGCUCACUGGAAUUUUCCAUGGGAAAAUUCCUUCCCAUGGAAAAGGACAGUGCUGUUCCAAUUGGGGAACACAAGAUGGGAAGUCAUUCCCCAAUGGAGAAACAGUUCCCAGGUGUGCCAUGUCCUAACAGCUUUAAACCAGUUGAAGACUUAGUGGGUUGUUGAAGCCUACAGCUAAUCCUGUGCAUCUAAGCUAAAAUAAAAUGUUUACUCUUAAACUCC